AUGGCGGAGUUUAUAACAAUCCUAGACGAGCUCAAAAGUCUUCCGCCAGAACAGCACAUCUUCUGUCCCCGAGAUAAUGAUGACGAUACCGAUCGAUACGAAGAUGAGCGAGAUUUGAAUGGGGACGCCACGGCCAAGGUCGACCCCUCCCGUCUCGCAAAGAUUGAGAAGGCCAAGAAACGGAGAAAGGGAUUUGUGUCGGCAUUGCAACUCCUGGCAUACGAUGGCAAAGAGAGCGAACAGUACCAGAGUUACAUAUGGGCACGCCUGGACGAGGCAAUGGGGAAAUGCGAUGUCUGCAUCCGCGAGUACUACAUUGCAAAGAUCGAUCUUCUGGAGCAGUUAAGACAAGAGUACGAGGACGGUGACAUUGCCAACUUCUUCUCCCUCAUCAACAGAAGAGAUAUCGUACGCAUUGUUCGGGGCCUCGACGCAGCAGAUGAGACUCUACGGGAUGCUCCGGAGCAGAAGAGAGGCACUCUCUUGCUUGAGAGGAAACAUUUGCAUGCCUUGUUCGAAGCGCUGGUGUGCCAGGCAUUCCUAGAAGACGAGGACAAACUCAAAAAUCACUUUGAUGGGCCAUUCAAGAUGGUGCAGACCAGAAAGCCGCUUAAGAUGCGGGAGAUCCUACCUGCCGCCGCACAGUUCCUUUUCUCCUCUGAGACCAUUCGUACCUAUUGGGCCAGUCUCAUCUGGAAGCGACUCGAGAAGCCUCCUACGGAGCUGGAAUGGGACUGGGCAGUAAAAGACUAUUUGCAGAAGAAGCUGCAGCAUGUGUCCAACGACAACGAUGUCAUGAGACUAUGGAGUGCUCUUGACCUCAUCGUCAGCAAGCUCGAUGCACACAUGAUAACCCACAAGCUGUUCGACCUGAAUCCGAAUCUUGCCACGACAGCAUUGAACCACCUGGCCAAGAAAACUCCAGCCGUGCCCUACAUCCUUUCCACACUCAAGCAAAUCCUUGACAAGGCACCUGAGGCCUUUUGGGACAAAAUGGGCUCCAUCUCCUCGCAAACCAUCAUCGAGCAGAUCUUCGCGAGCCCAUCCUACAACAAGCUCCUUCAAGAGUCGACGACGGCAUCGGCCGGGUCGGGGCAGGACGUAUUAUCCUGGGUUAGCUCGCUGCUGGAUUCUCUGAAGCCGGCCAAUCGACCUUUUGCCGCACAGACUCUUCUCCACCAGUUAUUCGAAAGAAUAGAAAACAGCUCCAUUAGCCUUUCAGCUAGGGCAGCAUGCUUUGAACAGGCGGUCAAAGUGCUGCGGAAGACUAUCACCAGCUUCUCUGGCGAUGAGGAAGACGCCCAACACGCCGUCGAGCGGCUGGUCUAUAUUGAUACGCUGAACUUGGCUGGGGACCGCCUGGACACUAUCCUGAAACCUCGGGACUCUGGCCUUGCUCAGGCAUUGCAACAAGACACGAAAAACGACAUUGUUGACGUUGUAAGAAACGCGGUCGGCUUGGAGUGUAAGUGCCUGAAGCUCGACUUUGAGAACCUCACCCGUAGUGAGCCUCGGCGGCAAGACUCUAGCGCCUAUACGCCGCAGAUCUGGAAUGCAGUCAUCAACCACCUGCGGGAAGACGACCAGAAGUUGUCCACAGCCGCGCUACUUGGAAUCAUGUCCCUGCCUGGACUCGAGCAAUUCCGGAUUAGACAAGGCGACAAAAUGGCGAAAGAGAAGCAGUCCUACAAUUCAAUCUUCGAAAAAGUCAAUGCAAUGGUUGGUAGGAUUCUCGAGCGCAUCUCAGGAUUUAAUUCGCCUCAUCUCGAUGCACUUUUUAAACAACAGGAGACCGCUAUGUCCUUAGUGGCUGCUCUGUUCUCUCCUGAUCAAGGAAUCUAUGAGGCCGCCAUUACCAUGAUCAAGAACAUUAGCGGAGAGUUUGGUAGGAAAGAGGCACUUUCUCAUCUGAUCGCCUCGUUUACCGGAACAACCAUUUACGGCAUUUGCUGGCUAUUCAGACGGGUCGCAAAUUACAAGACAUUCGCUUCCGUCCCAAGGAUGCUAAAGACCGGCAUGGAAAUUCUCGAUGUGCUUUGCAACCCUACAGAUGGUCAUCUGCGGCGGAUGCCUCUGUCACCGCGAGACGUUCUGGCUGUACAGAGAUACUGGUCCUACCAAUGGGUCGCUCUAAAGACCAUCUACGGUUAUACGGAACGUUGGUCGAUCGAAGUGCACAGCAAAGAGACCAUGAAAGAGGUCUGUCGAGAUGCCAUGCAAUACGCCGGAGAACUCUUCAAUCAAUAUGAUCUCUUUGCUAGCAUCGUGAUAAAUUCGAAACCGGAGAAAGCCGAGGAUGUGCGGAAAACACUCCUGGAUUCAAGCGGCUCAAAUGAGAAGAACAUGGGCUCACCCUUGAGUACUCUCGACACCAUGUGCAAAUGGCUCAGGCUCAGGGACGACUAUCUGGCUGAUACGCUCGUGGCACUGAUAUGCAACAUGCUCGGUCAGCUCAAGCGGCACCGCGCGGUCAACGAUAACAGCGAGGGACUGACGUACGUCGAGGAAGUCGCCACGGGAACCUCCAUCAGGACCAUGCUUUCGGCUUCUCAGAAGGCUCGAUUAGUGCGGGCGUUGGAGAAUUACUUCGACCGUCAGAUCGAGAAGCCCGUCAAGAAGCAGGCCACGCUGAAUCUGGACAAAUGGACUGGUUCAGCUGCCGCUUCAGGAACGACAACGCCAGAGUCAAGAGAACACAGUGUCGAGGACUUCGGAGACGACGGCAUAGACGACGAUGACUUGAUUGAGAUCACCAACAAGGCCCUGGGUACCUCAAAGGCAACCGUCACGACCCAGGACAAGAACAAUAUCAAGUCACUUCUAAUGAAAAAGCCUCCGGUGAAGCCGAAGCCCACACCAAUGUCCCUGAUUGAGGUUCAGGCCAAGAAGGCACAAGAAGCCAAGUCUUUCAUCGAGAACCGUAAGCGGGAAGAAGCUGCCCGGAAGCUGAGAGAGAAAGAAGCUGCCGCGAGGCUGAGAGGCAAAACAGGCAUUGGCGCGCAGACCGCGGGCCAAGGUUCUGGUCUGGCAGGUCUUGGGGUCGUUGGCAAAGACCACUCUGCAGGUCCCAACAGUUUGAUGGUCUCCAGCGAGUCUGAAGCUGAUUCCGAUUCAGAGGACGAGCUGUUUGGGAUUAAGCACAAAGGGACUGCGAUUCCUGGCCAGGCUGUACCAAGAAGACCACUCGCUGCCGGUCCUGUACGGAAAAUCAAGCAACAGCGAACGCACAAGGAUAUCCGUGCUCGACUUGCACCAGAUCUCAGUGAGUUACACCGAACCAUGCUCGGGUGGGACUUUUUUGCAGACACCGACACCCCGCCGAAUUCGACGACGGACGACUACACAUUGGUGACGGAUACCUUCCGGACUCCGCAGGAUUAUCAAAAGACCUUUGAACCUUUGCUGGUUCUGGAAGCUUGGCAGAGUUUCCGGUCCGCGCGUGAAGAACGAGAAGAAGGGAAUUCCAGGGCAUUUGAAGUCAAAGUGUCCAAUUCUUUGAUCGUCGACAGCUUUUUCGAAAUCAACUCCCUGAUGUCCUUUGCGGAAGGGAAAGACCUUGGCGUUGGAGUCUCCGACGUCGUGCUGCUGUCGAAGUCAAGUAAACCGAUCCAGGAACCUGGGGAGCCGCAUUGUCUGGCCCGGGUCAAAGAAAUUACACGGAAACGGGGUGAAGUCCAGGUAGUCUAUCGAGUCAAUGCUGCCAAUAAUCCUCUUCGAUCGUACCUAAAUGACAAAGCUGUCGUCUAUGGUGUGCAAAUCCAGUCUCUGACACCCCUGGAGAGGGAAUACGGCGCCUUGAUGGCAUUACAGUACUACGACCUCUGCGACGAGAUCAUCCGGGCGAAACCUUCGCCGAUAUUGGACUAUGCGGAUGAGGUGCUGCGGCCCAUCAAGAAGACGUACGACGUGAACUUGGCGCAGGCCAAGGCUGUGAAGUCCGCUCUCGACAACGACGCCUUCACCCUGAUCCAGGGUCCACCUGGGUCCGGCAAGACCAAGACUAUUUGCGCGCUGGUCGGCGCCAUGUUGACAGGGUUUACCAAAAAACAGAGUAUUGGUCCUAAGCUGAACACGACUCAAGGUGCGCCACGACCGCCGCCAGCCAGCAAGAAAUUGCUCGUUUGCGCCCCCAGCAAUGCCGCCGUCGAUGAAUUGGUGAUGCGAUUCAAGAGCGGUGUCGCGAUGCUGGAUGGUUCGUCCGAGAAGGUGUCAGUUGUCCGCUUGGGUCGUAGCGAGGCCAUCAACAACAACGUGAAAGACGUCACACUCGAGGAGUUGGUCAACGCUAAACUUGCUUCCGCUGCCCCCAAGGGCCCUGGCGAAGACAUCCAUGCAUUGAUGGUGGAGCAUAAACAGGUCUCUGAGGAACUGAGGAACCUGCGGGAUAACCUCAGUGAACGUCGAGGCAAAGGAGAAACGUCGUUGUUGAAGGAGGAACAGCUCAUGGACGCUCUCAUACGCAAGCAGAGAGGCCUGGGAGGCAAGAUCGAUGAUAUGAGAGAGAAGCAAAACACGGCAUCUCGAGACAUGGAUCUAACACGGAAACGGGUACAGCAGGAGAUUCUCGACGGAGCCCAUGUUCUCUGCGCCACCUUGAGCGGAAGCGGUCACGAGCUAUUUCAAGGCCUCAACGUCGAGUUCGAGACGGUCAUCAUCGACGAGGCUGCGCAAUCCAUUGAGCUGUCGGCCUUGAUUCCCCUCAAAUACGGCUGUUCGAAAUGUAUCCUUGUUGGUGACCCCAAGCAGUUGCCGCCAACGGUGUUGUCACGCAAGGCUGCCAAAUUCCAGUACGAGCAAAGUUUAUUUGCCCGUAUGGAAAACAACCACAAGAAGGACGUGCAUCUUUUGGACACGCAGUACCGUAUGCAUCCCGAAAUCAGUCUAUUCCCGAGCAAGACCUUCUACGACUCUCGGUUGAAGGACGGUGAAGGCAUGGCGAAGCUUCGAAGACGACCGUGGCAUCACAGUGACCUUUUUGCGCCCUACCGAUUCUUUGACGUCCAGGGCAUGAGCCAAGCAGCAACGAAGGGCCAUUCGCUGGUCAACCCUGCGGAAAUCCUGGUGGCGAUGCAGAUUUAUAGAAGACUGACAACGGACGUUCGCAAGUACGACUUCGCUGGAAAGAUUGGCAUCAUCACUCCGUACAAGGGGCAGCUGAGAGAACUGAAGCGGCGCUUCCAGAACGAAUAUGGAGAAGGCAUCUUUUCCAAGAUCGAGUUCAACACGACCGACGCCUUUCAGGGUCGGGAGAGCGAAAUCAUCAUCUUCUCGUGCGUCAGAGCUUCCACACAGGGCAUUGGGUUCUUGAACGAUAUUCGGCGCAUGAACGUCGGUCUGACUCGUGCUAAGUGCUCGCUAUGGGUGUUGGGCAAUUCCCAGGCGUUGAUGCAGGGAGAGUUCUGGCGUGCCUUGGUCACUGAUGCCAAAGCCAGGAAGCUCUACACGGACGGGGAUAUUGCCAAGCUGCUCAAUCGGCAAUUGUUGACCGACGACAUGAUGAAGGAUGAUGUUGAGAUGAUGGACUCCAGUCAAUCUUUGUCUGAGACCGUGAGAGGCUCGACUCAUUCGGAAGGGUCGUCUACCGCCACUGCUGCGUCCAAGGAUCCCUCUCCAACGUCUGUGAAGGGCGUCCGAGACGCCGCUCGAUCAGCUGGAACACCAAGCCAAGCCACGCCUUUGGCUUCUAGACCGAGCAGCGCUCUGUCGAGGCAGUCCUCGACAGCGUCGAACGCAAAGCCUGAAGCCAGACGACAAAAUUCAGGCCAGCCGAUCACGAAAGGGGAGUCGGGGAAAGACGGAUCAGGCCGUGCGCAGCAUUCUCCUGCAAGCAGACCGCAACCCGAGCCUCAGACGCCAUCUACCUAUGCGGCGACUAAUGCGAGUGAUUACAACCCCUCUGGCGGCGCCAACGGGCUCAAUGAUCUUCGUAAUUGCGGUAUCUGUGGAUCAUACGAGCAUUUCAGCGCUGCUUGCGACAACGAAGCAGCCUUGGCCGAUCAGUACGGCAAGUGCCGUCGAUGUCAUGGCACCGGACACACUCUGACAAACUGUAUUGAUCCUCGCUGCCUGUCCUGCGGCGAAGUCGGCCACGCCACGGAUCGGUGCACCGCUCCGCUUGGCCGACGACUGAGCAAGGCACAGCAGGAAAAGGUCCGACAAGAGGAAGUGCGGUAUGGAAGCAUGCGGGAUAAAGCGCGCCAACGACGGGCAGAGAAGGAGCAGGAAGCGCACACCAUCCCGACCAUCAAAAGUACCGUGUCAAGUGCCCACCAAGCCGAGGGAGCGAAACGCAAACGAGACACGUCAAGUAGCUCUUCUGAUAGAGCGAAGGUACCGAGACCCAACCAGGAGAGCAGGUCACCUGGAUCUGGAUUGCCCGGCAAGGAACGGCCAUCUGCCCGCGUCCCGACGGGUCCUCGAGCCGGGUCUGGCCCUGGCCAACAUCCUCCUGGACAGCCACGACCUCCAGGGCGCCCUGGUAUGCCGAACGGUGGAGGGCCAAUGGUGAGAAAGAAGAAGGUAAACGCCGAGGAUAUGUUUGUGAAACGAAAAUAG